AUGGCAAUCAGGAACGACGUUCGCCAUGUCAGCGAUGUGAUGGCAGAAGCUUUAAGCCACUUGAAUCGGGUGGUGGAGCAUCUUCGAGGGGAGGGUGAAAAUGAAGCAGCGAAUGGUAUCGCACGCGGCGUCCACUCCAUGCUUGACACGUUCAACCACACUACAGCGCCUUGGGAGAUGGAAAAGUUUCAGAUGAAGCCCGUGCCUGCAGAAAGAACUCAACAGAUCACACACGCGCGGAUCACCACCCCUGCGGAUGCCAGACCCCAUACUUCCACCUGGGCAGCCGUGGCCGCGACGGACAUCCCAAGGAACAAUCGCUUGGUCAAAUUCGGGCCAUCUGAUGGGUUGAAACGCCAGAUAACCGAGGACGAGGUGCCGGUCCAAGCUCGGGAUGAGGACUUUCGCUGUGUCUGGAUCUAUGGAUGGUCCAAAGAUAAGCCGUUGAGCAUGGUGACCGAACGAAUCAGCUCGGGAGCCAUCUUUUCCAUGGUCUACGUCAGCGAAUAUGAAGCAGUCUGCGUCAUCUUUCAGCAUGCCAGCGCAGCCAUGGUCCUUGUGGAUGACAAUUCGCGAUCUCUUCGCGACGGCGGGCUGGGUUUAUUCGGACAAGGCAAUCAGGUCAAGUUUGGCGAAGCAUAUCCAGAGAAUGCCAACCUCCAGCGCAUGGCGCCUCCCAUAAACGAGCGACGUCGUCUUACCUUCGCUCGUCAACAGCUCUUCACCAAUGGCAUGAGUGAAGAGCGUUUUAAGAGAGAUCUUAUCGAACUGGUCGGUCGUCACAACAUCGAGUUGGUGUGGUUGUUCAACACGGGAAAUGCCACCGUAGUCUUUUCUUCAACGGUUAUCGCUCGCAUAGUCCGCGACGACUUCCUUCGACGGUCCAGGAACGGAGGCCCUUACCAGGAUAUUCAAAUUGGGUUCUCCCACGACCCAUGCGAACGUCCGAUGAAUCUGAUCACACAGAUCCCUUACACAGGCUCCGGUCCUCGUGAUCGCAGUGACAGUGGAAAAUCAGCAUCAAGCGGCCGAUCCUACAAUCCCAAUGCUCCUAAGUUUGGGAGAAAAGGCACCGACUCUGACGGUUGGCAGACAGUUCUGAGAAAGCGCUGA